AUGGACAGCAACGAUUCCAGUACAGACAGUCCGGCUAAAAAGGCCAAAACCGCUCAGAAGUUAUGCUUGGCGUUCGGUAGCCCGGCUUGGACUUCAAGCUACGAUUCAGUUCGAAAACUGGCCAAAACAACCAGGGAUAACCAGAAAUCUGCCUGGACUGUGAACCAAAGUAACCCUGUUCCCACAGACGUGUUGUGGACUCCGUCUACAGUGGUUUCUAAAUCCCAACAGAAAUGCCCCGAUACUUGGAGUUUCUUCGGCGACAAGUGGCUGAGUACUUAUUCUAUGCCGCCAUCUUUCGUGAAAUUGAGCGACGCAUGGGUUGCGCGGGUGAUUGUGGCAGAAAACUUGACAUCUGAGCCAGAUAAACCACUUGCUGAGCCGCACUCCAAGCCAAAAGAAUGGACAGCCUCAUUCAGAGGCAAGGCUUGGAACUUUGAUUUUAACUCAAACGGAAUCAUACGCUCGACGAGAUUUCCACGCGGCAAAGCUGUCAUUGUUAAUUUUCACGGAGAACUAUUUAUCCCAGUGGUAAAAUACUUUUAUGUUCUCUGUGGUGAAGAUUUGGCGUUUAGAUACGCUGCAUGGUUGAUUAACGGCAUUCCAACUGGAGAACAAAAGGCUGCAGCUUUAUCGCCGAAUAUUUUACACAUGGGUGUAGCUACAUCUACAAGUAGCUUUACUGCCGUCAAUCGUCUGGCCUCGAACACAUCUAUCGAAGGAAUGGUCGAGUAUAAGAACGGCGCACGCUUGUCAUUUGAUGACCAGAAAGGAAUUCGAGUGGAUAUAGCAGACAAAAUCGGCACAACACCGGCUGGAGCUGAUAGACCUGACGAUGAUGGAGAGUCUGUUAAUUCGGUGAUCACAAAUCCUGAUAAUCCGAAAGAGAAUCAACCUCACCAAGAAUCCAAACAUAUGUCUACUCAGCGGAAGUCUGCAAGGCCCACGACUCGCAGUGGUUUGCCAUUUGCGCCACGCCAUGGUCGGUCAGCAUCAUCUUUUGACCCCUUUGCUUCGUCUGACCCGUCCAUCAUGCGGUCGUCGUCUUUGACUCGUCCUGGUUUGACUGUUCAGUCCAACUACAAGUCGAUUUUACCAUUUUCAUCGACUAUUUUUCCAAGUGUCCCUUCGGCUGAUUUGGCAAACGACCCCGACUAUGCCAUUUGGUUCAAUUCCACCAUGCACUCCUCAGAAACAAUGGAAAAGUUGCGUAACACUGGAAAUGCUCAGACACAAAAAGUUCUACUUCGAGAAAAGACGCCCCCUCGAAUUACUCGUCAGCAAACGCCAUUCCCUACAGUGGAAGUUCAAAACCCGUCAUUGGUUGAGGUUCAAAAUGGCCAGCAAAUUCAAAAUGAUCCAAAGGGAUCCGAGCAAACCGUUUCUGAACUGCUCCGUUUGUCAUCACCGCUUGAACAAAACCCAUUCGUACCGCGAGACCUGACUCCGGAAGAUACAUUUGAGAUGCUUGUUUGCUCUGCCAAACAAGACCAAUUGAAAGUCAGUCAGCUCGAAAAGACAGUUGAUGAGCUCCAAGCGGCGAAGGUGCAGCUUGCUUCUUUUGAAAAAACAAUUGACCAACUCCGUGCUACGAAUGCUGAACUCCAAGCGAAAAAUAUUCAACUUCGAGACGACAACAAAAAAUUGGUCGCCAGUCGCGGAGAAUUCGCCAGACGGAUUAUUCAUCUGAAAAAUGGAGAAGAACACCAAAGAUUGCUUAAAAAGCUGGCUACUUUGGAAGAAGCCAAAUCCAAACUUGAGCAGGCCAAUGCCAAACUGGAACAAAGCAACAAGGACCUGCCUGAGAACAUUCCGUCUCCGAAGGCGAUUAUGACUUUGGAUACACCAACUCUGAAGGAAUUACAAGAUGCAGAGGCGAAGAUCAAAUCUCUGAAAGAGCAAAAGAAAAUCCUUUUUGAUUUGGGUGCUACAAAGAAUGAUCACUUGAGGCGUGUCUUGCGAUCUAGAAGUCGAUUGCAAAAACGCUUUAAUUUCUUGCGAGAGAAGUUAGAUUUUAUCUUAAGGCCUGCCGAUAUCAGAUUAGCAAUGCUGAAAGUGCAGGAAAAACUUCUUCAAAUGGAUAAUGCAGACAUCAUGGAAGAUAUUGCAGAUUACCCCAACCCAAAUAUGCCAGAGGAUCAUCCGGACAAUGUGAUUUCGCUUGAAUGGCCAACAGACAUUUGA